UCCGGCCUCCGCAGCCCCCGCCAGCACCAGCACCAUGGCCAGCACCAUGUCCGCCUACAAGGAGAAGAUGAAGGAGCUGUCCGUGCUGUCCCUCAUCUGCUCCUGCUUCUACUCACAGCCGCACCCCAACACCAUCUACCAGUAUGGGGACAUGGAGGUGAAGCAGCUGGACAAGAGGGCCUCCGGCCAGAGCUUCGAGGUCAUCCUCAAGUCCCCUUCCGACCUCUCCCCAGAGAGCCCGGUGCUCUCCUCCCCCCCAAAGAGGAAGGACGCCUCCCUGGAGGAGCUGCAGAAGCGGCUGGAGGCGGCCGAGGAGCGGAGGAAGACGCAGGAGGCGCAGGUGCUGAAGCAGCUGGCGGAGCGGCGCGAGCACGAGCGCGAGGUGCUGCACAAGGCGCUGGAGGACAACAGCAACUUCAGCCGCCAGGCGGAGGAGAAGCUGAACCACAAGAUGGAGCUCAGCAAGGAGAUCCGCGAGGCGCACCUGGCGGCGCUGCGCGAGCGGCUGCGCGAGAAGGAGCUGCACGCGGCGGAGGUGCGCAGGAACAAGGAGCAGCGCGAGGAGAUGUCCGGCUAAGCCCGCUGGACCCGGCCCUGGGCCCCAAGGGGACAAGACACACUGGGCUCUGGCCACGUUAGGUCACCUUUGUCUAGACGCACUUUUGUCCCUGUCCCUCCUCCCCUCCCGCCCACAUCCCCCCCACCCCCGCUUCAGGCUCCUCGGGCACUCGAGCUGUCCAGUCCUGUGUGAGUGGCUGACCACAGGCUCUCCCUGGGGGCCAACUGCCCUUGGCUCAGGCCCGGCCAGCGGUGGCUGGGCCCCUGGGGCCUCUAGUGGGCGGUGACCUCAAUAAACGUAGUAUGGU